UCAGAACAUUGACUUGAAACAUUGCUUAUGUCAAAUUCAUCUUUUUUGUGUUAUCUCUUUGCCGUGGAAAUCCUUACAUCACAUUUAGAUCCCUAAGACAAGUGAAGCAGAGGUAAGUACUCUUUGCUCUGUAAACAUGGCCCGGAUUUUCACAUUGCUGCUUUGCAGUGUUGGUUCACAGAGGCUGUAGCAUGUGCUUCAGGGACUGCUGGAGGGAAUUACCUGGCUAUUGGGCGCAGUCCUCACCUUGUGAACUUGAGGACUGGGCUUCACGUACCUUGUUUGUGAAAUGAGGAGAGAAUGCUGUGAAAUGUUGUAACAUUAACUUUCUUAGUCUUUAGUCACAGGAUAAUUAAACUUCUAGUGAAUUUUCUUUUGCUUCUAGUGAUUUCUAAAGAUAAUGAAAAAUUAAUCUCUUCAGGCCACAAAAAUAUACAAAUUUACCCAACUAGAACAGCUUAUAAAUGUAGGAAAAUCCAAAAUGAUCAACAACCUGAAUAUUUUGGGGACUCAUUGUUAUAAAGCAAAUUUCAAGCACUAUAAAGUUAAUGUUUGCACAGUUGAUGUAUUUGUACCUUACGAGGUCACUCCCAAAACUGAUGUGGUUCAUCUGUUUUGCAGCUGAAGUUCACACUGUUCCUAUUUGUGCUUGGCCAGUCAUUUUUCUCCUGAACAGUACAAUACACAAGUACACCCUGGCCAUGGCUUCUUCCUUCAGCCGCAUAGCAUGGCUCCUACGUCAUCUCUUUUACUCCAGCACGAGCCUGCACACGCCUUGGCUCCUGAGCUCCGUGACUUCUCCGUGCCGAGAAUUCUUUUAUUCACUGGCUCUUGGUAAAUGAUAACAGCUCACAUGAAACAAGAGGCAACAAGAAGAACUGCAGUCCUGGACAAUCUCUAAUCCAGUCCACUGGCAUUGAAAUACAGACCAGUCUCCCCAUUAUACAGGCAGAAGUCCUCUCCUCCUCCCAUUUGCUCGGUGCUGUCUUUGCCCAAGCGUCCCUUUCCAGUCUCCCGUUGGUCUCCUUCCGGUCUGCACUCCUGCCUCCUCGCUCACUGACUGCCUUCCUCUCAGGCUGCCGUGAUCGCGGUGACGGCCACUCUUCCGUCUAGGGAUGGUUCUUCAGGUCUCUUCAGCCGAUCAACAGCAUUUCACUGCUGAGCAUCCUCUCCUGGGAAUGGAAUUUUCUGAGGCUUCCAAAGUACCCUUCCCAGGGCUCCCCCUGCACCCUCAGUCUCAGCUUGCUCUGCCCUCGCUUGGCAAAGGCUGUCCAGGCGCACCUCUCGCUCGCUCCUCACCGCUUCAGCCGCGCUCUGACCCUGCGUGGACCCUCCCGCGUGGCCGCCGGCCUGGCCUCUCCUCCCGCUGCACGGGCGGACUGGCGGCGCCGCAGACUCAAGAUGCGGCUCUGACUACAGCCUCCUGCUCCCUUGCGGCCAGCCCGGUCCUGUCCAGCGCGUCCCUCUCAGGAGUCGGCAGCGUCUCAGGCCGGGACCUCGCACGCUCCCCUCCCUUCCCUCUCCCCACUCCUCCUCGAUUCAGUGGUAUCGGUUUUCAUCCCCCGCUGAGACCCCUCUUCCAUGCCUCUUCCAGCCUUUCCACCUCUUUUCCCGAGCCCUUUAGUAAACCUAACCAGCCUCCUCCACCCAGACUCCUUCGCGUCUGUCCGCCACCUGUAAGCAAGAAGCUUAACGUCCUUCAGGGUUCCCAAACCCUUAUUGCGUGUCAAGGCCCUGUGUCUCCUUGCCCCGGGGGUCCCCGGCCCCGCUCGGGCCUCGUCUGCUUUCCUUUUCCGCCAGGUUCUGCUCCUCCCUCGGGUGCUUCAGUGACCCAAACCGGCUCGCCUUCUGGCCUGGACAAACACUGUUUCUUGUUCUCAGUGUUCUCCUCUUACUCACUUCAGCUCAAAACCCCCAGCGGAGUGUCUCUGAUCCUCAGACAUUAAUUGCGUUCCACAUAUUUAUACUCAGCUUAUAUCCCGAGCUCUUCUUUCACUGCACUUUUUGCAACUGAAAUGAGAUUAUUAGGCAAAUAUUUGUUUAGUGUUAGUCUCCCCUUUCCAAGCUAAAAGAACCCUGACAUAGGGAUUCUUGCCUCUCUUACUGUUGCAGCUCUAGUGCCUAAAUAUUUUAUAAGUAUUCAAUAUAUAUUAAAUAUUUAAAAUAUUUACUAUAAUAUAUAUAAUAUAUAUUUAUAUAUUAGGUGCUCAAUAAACUUAUUGAAAGAACAAAUGGGCCUUAAUUCAAAUCCCAGCUGGAACUUUUUACUAUGUGACUUUAUUUAUUUCUGUAUUUCUUUGAGACAGGAUCUUGCUGUAUAUUCUAGUCUCGCCUUAAUCUCAGGCUGGCCUACAACCAGCAGCAAUCCUUCAGCCUGUCUCCGGAGCGCUGAAUGCUAGGAUUACAGGUAUGCGCCACCACGCCAGACCUUACAAUAUAUAUGGUUUGUGUCUAGAUGUCCCCAAAGCCUCAUGCAAUCAUAGGAGGAGUUUUUCAGAGGUAGUUGGAUCUGAAGUGUGUGAUGCUGGGAUCAAGGGUGUGUGAUUACUAAAUUAGUCCACUGAAUGGUUUGAUAUAGUUUUGGGCAGGAUUAAGGGUGCGAGUGCUACCCGGCCUAAGGGCCAGUAGCCUGGAUAAAAGUAUAAGGGACAGAAAGAGCUACAAUUCUUUCUCCUCUUGCCUCAGCCUCCUGCGUGCUGGGAUUGCCGGCCACCACACCCAGCCCAUUGUCUCUUGUCACUUGCUCACUACUUGCCAUCUGUCUGCCCUGCUUUGCCAUGAACUGUUUCUUCUCUGCAGUGCCCCUCUGCCCUGCCACCCUGCCUUGGAGCAGAUG